AGAUCUCAGGGAACACGGAGGACAUCCCUCUAGUGCGCUGGAGGCAGCAGUGGCUGGAGAAUGGCACAUUGCUUUUUCACAUCCAUCACCAAGAUGGUGCCCCAAGCCUCCCUGGACAAGAACCAACCGAAGAACCCCAGCAUGAGUCAGCAGAGGAAGAGCUGAGGAUCCUUCACAUCUCAGUCAUGGGUGGCAUGAUUGCUCUGCUGCUGUCCAUCCUGUGCCUGGUGAUGAUCCUGUACACUCGGCGGCGCUGGUGCAAACGCCGCCGGGUUCCCCAGCCCCAGAAGAGUGCCAGUGCCGAGGCAGCCAAUGAGAUUCACUACAUUCCUUCUGUGCUGAUUGGCGGGCAUGGGCGGGAGAGUCUGCGCAAUGCCCGCGUGCAGGGCCACAACUCCAGCGGCACCCUGAGCAUCCGGGAAACACCCAUCCUGGAUGGCUACGAGUAUGACAUCACUGACCUACGCCACCACCUGCAGAGGGAGUGCAUGAACGGGGGAGAGGACUUCGCCAGCCAGGUCACGCGCACACUCGACUCCCUCCAGGGCUGCAAUGAGAAGGCGGGGAUGGACCUCACACCAGGAAGUGACAAUGCCAAGCUGUCCCUGAUGAACAAGUAUAAAGAUAACAUCAUUGCCACCAGCCCCGUGGACUCCAACCACCAGCAGGCCACCCUGCUCUCUCACACCUCCAGUAGCCAGAGAAAGCGGAUCAACAACAAAGCAAGAGCUGGUUCCGCCUUCUUGAACCCUGAAGGAGAUUCUGGCACAGAGGCAGAAAACGACCCCCAGCUGACCUUUUACACGGAUCCCUCCCGGAGCCGGAGGCGCAGUAGAGUGGGUUCUCCCCGAAGUCCUGUGAAUAAGACCACCUUGACCCUGAUCAGUGUCACCAGCUGUGUGAUCGGCCUCGUGUGCUCGUCCCACGUCAGCUGCCCUCUUGUUGUCAAGAUCACCCUGCACGUUCCUGAGCACCUGAUUGCCGAUGGCAGCCGCUUCAUCUUGCUGGAAGGGAGCCAGCUGGAUGCCAGUGACUGGCUGAACCCUGCCCAAGUGGUUCUCUUCUCUCAGCAGAACUCCAGUGGGCCCUGGGCCAUGGAUCUCUGUGCCCGGCGGCUUCUGGACCCCUGCGAACACCAAUGUGACCCCGAAACUGGGGAAUGCCUGUGCUAUGAAGGCUACAUGAAGGAUCCAGUACACAAGCAUCUUUGCAUUCGGAAUGAAUGGGGGACAAACCAGGGGCCUUGGCCUUACACAAUAUUUCAGCGAGGCUUUGACCUGGUUUUGGGAGAGCAGCCCUCUGAUAAAAUAUUCAGAUUCACCUACACCCUCGGGGAGGGCAUGUGGCUGCCCCUCAGCAAGAGCUUCGUGAUCCCACCAGCUGAACUGGCCAUCAACCCAUCAGCCAAGUGCAAGACGGACAUGACGGUGAUGGAGGAUGCUGUGGAGGUCAGAGAGGAGCUGAUGACUUCCUCCUCCUUCGACAGCCUGGAGGUUCUCUUAGAUUCCUUUGGACCAGUGCGUGAUUGCAGCAAAGAUAACGGGGGCUGCAGCAAGAACUUCCGCUGCAUUUCAGAUCGCAAGUUGGACUCCACGGGUUGCGUGUGCCCAUCUGGACUCAGCCCCAUGAAGGACAGCUCUGGUUGCUAUGACCGCCACAUCGGGGUGGACUGUUCUGAUGGCUUCAAUGGCGGCUGUGAGCAGCUGUGUCUCCAGCAGAUGGCGCCCUUCCAGGACGACCCCGCCUUGUACAACAUCCUCAUGUUCUGCGGGUGCAUCGAGGAUUAUAAACUUGGUGUGGAUGGACGCUCUUGCCAACUCAUCACAGAGACCUGCCCAGAGGGAGGUGACUGCGGGGAAAGCAGGGAGCUUCCCAUGAACCAGACCCUCUUUGGGGAGAUGUUCUUUGGUUACAACAACCAUUCCAAGGAAGUGGCUGCCGGACAAGUGUUGAAAGGAACAUUCAGGCAAAACAACUUUGCUCGUGGUUUAGACCAGCAACUUCCGGAUGGUCUUGUGGUGGCCACUGUCCCCCUGGAGAAUCAGUGCUUAGAGGAAAUCUCGGAGCCCACCCCUGACCCCGACUUCCUGACUG